AUGAACAUGUCCUGGAAGUCAAUCGCCCAGAAGAAACAGCUGAAGCAGAACGAAGCCCAGUUCAUUCCUACCUUCUACCACACCUUCAACGAGCAUCUGGCGCCCCACAAACGUAUCUGCUCACAGGACUUAUUGUUCUGUGUGGCAAAGCUUGCCAGCACUGAAGAUUUUCGGCGUGUCUUUGAUACUAUGAAGGAGUCGGGUACAUAUAUUGGUCACCACGUGCUCCUGCACUAUGCCAACACCUUCGCUAAGGCUGGCAACUUCAGGCAGGCCCUUUCAUGCCUUGGCAGUAUCAUUGAAGAGGCAAGAACUGAGAAGAUCAGGGUGAAGACAGCGAACGAGCUAAGAUUUCGUUGGUCGUGUGCUUUGACUCUCCACAGAAGCAUGAUGAACAAGGAAAGCUACCACGAGACAACCGGCAUUGUCGCAACCCUUGUGGAUUUUGGCGUCAAGCUCGACAUUCUUCUCUACAACGUCAUCAUCCAUAACGCCAUGGAAGCGAGCGACCAUACGACCGCCUUUAAGGUGUAUAACACGCUCGAUGACAACGGUCUAAAACCCGACAAGGUCACUUUCUCAACCUUACUCCAUGGAUGCACCAUGACAGCCGACCCUUCCAAGUUCAAUGGUUUUGCGGAUUACUGUGCCGAGACUGCGAAAGAGGUGAGGGAUCCUUGGCUUGCGGCGGAUUAUCUAUAUUUCCAAUUCGUUCGGCUUCACCGCGAAUCUCACCAGCCAGAAGAGUCGUUGGCCCGUUCUGAACAGCUCCUAGAAACCUACCUUCGCUUCUUCUCUCCACGCCCGCUGGAACCUUUCUGGUCUGCCAACUCUACAUUUUCUCGCGCAAGUUCACUAACAUCAUCGCGUAAUAUUCUCAAUGAGUCCGCAUUUAUGGACCCUCCACCCAUGGCCCUCUACAUCAUGCUCCAGCUCGAGAUUCUGAAAGCUACUUCUACCAAUAUCAACAAAAACCAUAUGUGGGCUCUAUACCAGAACUUCACUGAGCUAGUUCAGACCAACCACGACCCCACCCUCUCCAAGCUCGCUAAGGAUCCCAUUAUAUGGAACACCUUCCUCCUCUCCUUCUGCCGUGCUCAAAACUUCGAGCACGCUUCCCAAGUCGUCCAGGACAUGUCCGAACACCGCACGAACCCCAAUGUGUAUACCUGGAACAUCUUAAUGCAAGGGUUCUUCAAAUCCCAACAGAUACUCGCCGCAGAACGUGUUUUUGACAUCAUGCGCAGCCGCGGAAUUGAACCCGAUCAAUUUACGCACGAGGUCAUGCUCAGGGGUUAUGCAAGAGCGCAGCACGUGCGUAAGAUUGGUGAGGUCAUGGAGCAUGUUGCGAAAGAGAAGCAGGUUGACCCGAAACUGUUGAGGGACCUGGCGAGGGUGCACGAUCAACGGAGGGUGCUGUUGGCGUUGGAGAAGGCGAAUAUCAGGAGGGAGCAAUGGAGGGAGAUGGAAGCCAAGGCCAAAGAGCAGAGGGAGAAGCUCAAGUGGGCACCGCCGAAGUUUGCGCCGCUGAUUGAGGCUAAGGAAGAGGAGGCGGGCGAUAAGGUUGGGCUGGUUAUCAAGCCGUUGUUUGACCCUGGUUCCAAGCCGAGUUUGAGGUUUAGAGAUGUGUUGAAGUAG